ACUGUCAAACGGCGAAAAUUUAGCGAUAAUCAUCAUCCACCCCAACACUAAAAACAUGGCCUAAUUUGUCAUUCUUUUUUCUUUUCUCUUUUAACUAUUAACCAUGGAUCCUACACUUAAACUACGAAAACAACUUAUUUGGUUAUUCUUGACCGGGAGUAUUCUCUGUUUUCAGACCCAGUUGCCUGCUUAGUGAGUGAAAACAGUUAGCGGGACUCUUUCAGCGCGAGACCUGACAAUUCGUGGACUGGAAAAUGUGAUUCAGGAAAUUCAGGCGUAGUUUCGCUUGUCCGGUUGUUUACACGUUUCUUCGGUAAAUAUUUCCUAUAUUUUGGAUCGUUGUUGUUUUGGGAUUAAACUAACAGAGGGUGGGUGUCACGCUCACGCUAAGCUAAUUUAGCAUUUAACUUGGGUGAUUUAGACGCACAGAAAUCUGUUUAUAAGACUUUACAUAUUCAUACGACUCAGUAAAUAUAUUGUUAACGAAUGAUGAGUCAAAGCUGUGGGUUUAUGCAGUUUUCAUUCGGUCUAAUUUCUGAGCAAUUAGUGGUGAACCAUCGUUAAUCUGAUUUUUUCUUAUGGGAUGUGGAUAGACGAAUAUAUAUAUAUAAUGUUCUGUGAGUGAAUCGAUCAGUAAGCAUCAUGAUGGCACAUAUGGAGAAUGGACGUCUAGCGUCUGACGACACUAUGAGUGUGAGGACUUUGGGCAGUCAGUUUGAUGAGGAGAGCUCCUUCGGGUCUGACUCUGAAAUCAGCGGAUUCACCAGCUCAAGACUGACAGACAAAUAUGGAUUCAUCGGAGGAGCACAGAAGUAUUCAUCCGAACUGGCUCAAGAUGUGCCUCUGGAAGUGUUAAGACACAGAGAAGUGAAAUGGUUGGAUAUGCUGAAUCACUGGGACAAAUGGAUCAGUAAAAGAUUCAAGAAGGUGAGACUGCGAUGUCAAAAAGGAAUCCCACCGUCAUUGCGAGGCAGGGCUUGGCUCUACCUGUCGGGUGGAAAAGUGAAGAGAGAACAGAAUGCUGGGAAGUUCAAGGAGUUUGAUAGCAUGGAUGGAGACCCAAAGUGGAUAGAUGUGAUCAAGAGAGAUCUACACAGACAGUUCCCCUUCCACGAGAUGUUUGUGUCCCGAGGAGGUCAUGGCCAGCAGGACCUCUUCCGAGUGUUGAAGGCUUACACCCUCUACAAGCCAGAUGAGGGUUACUGCCAAGCACAGGCUCCAAUAGCAGCGGUGCUUUUGAUGCACAUGCCAGCAGAGGAUGCAUUUUGGGGUCUGGUUCAGAUUUGUGAGAAGUAUCUUCCUGGAUACUACAGUGCAGGCCUGGAGGCCAUACAGUUGGAUGGGGAGAUCUUAAAUGCAUUAUUAAAGCGUGUGAGUCCUGUGGCAUAUCGGCACCUUGAGAAGCACAAGAUAGAGCCCAUCAUCUACAUGACGGAGUGGUUUAUGUGUGCAUUUUCCAGAACUCUACCCUGGUCAUCUGUGCUUCGAGUGUGGGACAUGCUCUUGUGUGAUGGUGUGAAGAUAAUAUUCCGUGUUGGGCUUGUGUUGCUGAGGUGCAUGCUUGGAUCUCGGGAGAAGCUGAAGGCUUGUCCUGGUCAAUAUGAGACUAUGGAGCUUCUCAGAGCCUUGGAGCCACGAUACAUGCAAGAAGGCUAUCUCAUACAUCAGGUGUUGGAGUUGCCCAUAUCUGCUCGGGAUGUCGAGCGUGAGCACCGCAUACAGCUGAAGCGCUGGCGAAAAACUCAUGGCGAGCUCAGCUACAAGUCCGCUCCCAGAAUGCACGGCACACAAGCCAUCAUGGCUGCUGAGCCUCACACCCGCCAAGAUCUUCGCCAGCAACCCACCAUCAUCGUCCAGAAUACCCUGCUCUCAGACACUAACCCUGAAUUCACUCGUAUCAAGAAAAGAAGCACUAUACGUAAAGCCCCCGUUCCUUAUCUGGAAGUCCAAAACCCCUAUGGCUUACCUACAGACCCCAAACUAACCGCUCCAGCCCCUCUCAACAAUCAACCUGAUCUGCAAGCUCAAGAAACAGCCCAACCCAACCAGACACCUUCAAACAAUCUACACAAAGACCAUCCUCCAUCACUACAGCAAACCUCACUUACUACACCAGAAAAGACACCAGCUGGGAAGGCAGUACCUCCCAUUGAGAAACACUCACAGUCCCCUCCAGAUCCUUCCCCCAAUAAUCCUUCUUCGGUCCCAACCAUGCAUCUGUCUCAAGCACCACAACUCCAGCCAUCUCCAAGUAUCUCUCAUACCCCACCACCUCGCUUAACUUCUCCAGACCCCAAACCUGUACACCUGACCCAGAUCCCUAUCUCUUCCAGCCCUGCAGUGGCUGUAGAACCAGUUCCCCAUCCCAAAGACUCAAAUCCCCCAACCAAUACCAACAACUCAGCCCAUCUUAUGGAUCAUCCGCCCACUACAGACUCAACUCCACUUCUUCCACAUGACACACCUGUGAAUGGGAACUCUGUUGCUGCUCUCAAAGUUCCCAGUGUAGGUAACUUGUGUGAGGGUGUGGGUUCUGAGGACACUUACCUGUAGCUCACAAUUACCACAAAAUACUCAAAUAGAACUUUCAGGGAGAAUUCAGUAUUGGGAACCAGCAAAAGUUGUAUGACUGUGGGGAAAAACGGAUGAGUGCAAGAUGGAGGAAAAUUAUGAAUGUAUUUUGAUGUUUUUAAUUAAUGACUUUGGGUGAGAGUGAGAAUUUGGGGUCGACAAAUACAGUAUUUUUUCACCCAUCACAAGAACCUUUACCUUCAAUGUUUGUAAGCCAUCAGUUAUCGAUUUGAAGAUUUCCGAAACAGAAAUCUGAAUGAUAAAAGGAAGGUUUGAAUAACAAAAAGAUCUCCACGUCUUUAUUUGCAGUUAUCUCCAGUUAAACAAACAACCAAUUUUCUCAGUGGUGUUUAAUUAUGGACUGCAAGGUCCACAGUGUAUGCAGAACAUUCCUCAUAAAGAUUGGAACGAACUGGAUAAUUCAAGCAAAGUAACCUGUACUUAGAAUAUUCUUCAAUCAUUAUCAAUCUUAAGCAGAACAGACUUUAUAAUCGAAUAUGUUUUGGUAGUAUUUCAGUUACUGCGUUAUUCGCUGCUUAACAAUAUUAGAUCAUUAUGUUGCAAGAGUUCUGUAAUUAAAUUUAUGACUUACAAACCUAAGGGUCUUACAUUUAUAACCAGUUUGUGUACCACUAUUAUAAGAGGGUUUUUUUUCCAACUUGCAGCUUCACUAAUUGUUUUUUAACAUAAUUUUCAUUCUAUAAAGAGCAACGAAACAUUGCAUUUUUCAACAUCAUGUACAUUAUGAGUAAACAGAAAAUACAUUUCAAGGCUCAAGUUGUAAUCUAAAGGAAACAUCCUUGGCAUUUAUGAACAGCAUAGCUCAUUUAAUUAGUAUUAAUCAUGUAAUAGACAUGAUGUUGGAAAGUGUUGCAGUACUCCUGUAAAGCAUCAGAAGUAUUUAUUGUUUUGUGACUAUAAAUCUCUUCCAUCUCAGGCCACCAGAUGGCACAUGUGUCUCGCAUUUGAUUCGUUUCAAUCACUGAAGCUUCGAGGAUGUUAACCUGUUACAUUUGGGAGUUUUUUCUACAUACAAAUAUAUUUGUACAAAGCUAACAUUAUCUGUGAAUAGAUGUGUGUUACAAAGCACAGCUAAAACAGUUGCUGUGUUGGCCAUUGGCACUUGGUCAAAUGUUAUAGGAAGUUAUACAGUUUAUUUUCAUUACAUUUUAUUAAUAGCUGAAACAUUCCGACACUAUUUCGUGAUUGUCAACUGCAAUCAUAUAGUAUUUUCCUCUUUCUUUAAAAUCAUGUGAGCACUUUUUUUUUGGGUGGGGGGGUAAUGUAUGCUUAAAACUGACUUUGGCAAAAGCUCUGUAAAGUUUCACUUUUAUUUGUGUCUAAUAUAUAACCUAUUCUCAGCAACUGACUCAAGCCGUUUGUAGAUUUUGUACAAAUAAAAGCACUUAUA